AGAAGAGAAAAACCACAAAUCUUCGUCUUCUUCCGCCCCCGAGAAGUCUCGUAUUCACGGCCACCUCUGGUUAAAAAUCCAACCCUAGCUUCUUGUGCCCUUUUUUCCUCCAUUUCUAUCCUUUCUUCUGGUUGGGCUUGUCCCUCUUUUCCUCCCCAUUUUACGCUUUAAAAGGAACUAGCUUUCUUGUGGGGCGUUCUUGAUCUCUAUGUCAGUUCCGCUCUGCGCGUUGCCUCCCCCGCAUGUAGGCGCUCCCCUGUUUCGCCGUACUCGCUUCUGGGCUCGCCCAUCGGGCCAUGGCGGCUAAGAAGGUGUGCGAGUCCUACUCCAAGAGCCUGAUCGACGAGGUCAACCGAUGGGGCUGCAUGAAGCAGACGGGGGUCAGCUUGAAGUACAUGAUGGAGUUCGGGUCCAGGCCCAGCGACCGCAAUUUGCUGAUCUCCGCUCAGUUCCUCCACAAGGAGCUUCCCAUCAGGAUUGCCAGGAGAGCUAUCGAGCUCGAGAACUUGCCUUACGGGUUGUCUGAGAAACCUGCUGUCUUGAAGGUUCGGGAUUGGUACUUGGAUUCUUUCCGUGAUGUCAGGGCCUUCACUGAAAUCAAGACUACGACUGACGAGAAGGAUUUCACGCAAAUGAUAAAGGCAGUAAAGGUUAGACAUAAUAAUGUUGUCCCGAUGAUGGCAUUAGGAGUUCAACAGUUGAAGAAAGACUUGAAACAGAAGAUUGUUUAUGAGGAUCUGGAUGAGAUUCAUCAAUUCCUUGACCGUUUUUACAUGUCAAGAAUUGGCAUUCGAAUGCUUAUUGGUCAGCAUGUGGAGUUGCAUAAUCCCAAUCCUCCUCCUCAUUGUGUGGGAUAUAUCCACACGAGAAUGUCCCCAGUCGAGGUUGCACGUAAUGCUAGUGAGGAUGCUCGCGCUAUUUGUUUGCGCGAGUAUGGCAGUGCUCCGGAUAUCAAUAUCUAUGGGGAUCCCAGCUUUACAUUCCCGUAUGUUCCAACACACUUGCAUUUGAUGGUAUUUGAGUUGGUUAAGAACUCUCUGCGUGCUGUCCAAGAACGAUUCAUGGAUUCAGAUAAAGUUUCACCUCCUAUUCGAAUUAUUGUAGCUGAUGGAAUUGAAGAUGUUACAAUCAAGGUCUCAGAUGAGGGGGGAGGCAUCCCAAGAAGCGGUCUUCCCAAAAUCUUCACCUAUCUGUAUAGUACUGCGAAAAACCCCCUGGAUGAGAACUCAGAUCUCGGAAUAGCUGAUAAUGUGACUAUGGCCGGUUAUGGCUGUGGGCUUCCAAUCAGCCGUCUGUAUGCUCGGUACUUCGGUGGUGACCUGCAAAUUAUUUCUAUGGAAGGAUAUGGGACUGAUGCGUACCUCCAUUUAUCUCGCCUCGGAGAUUCUCAAGAACCGCUCCCGUGAGAAAAACUAAAGCACGAACUCCUGGUUCACGAGAACAGACUUCUGGGAAAUGCCCACAGGGAUCCGUCUUAAAAAGCAAGAAGUAGCUGCAAUUUUCCGUUUGCAAAUAACGGGUAGCUUUCCUGUAUAUUCUUCCGCUUUUCGACAUGUCAAUGCUGGCAUUAGCCUUGAUUCCAUUAUUCGCUGUUGUAGGCCACAUUCCACGCAGAUUCUGAUUUUACUCUUCACAUGUUUGAGUAUUC